AUGGCAAGAAAAGUUCUAGAUGCGCAGGAUGUCCCUAUGCUAAACCCACGCCUCUUCUUCAUAGUAUUAUUUCUAGGUCUAGUUUUCAUGGACCCAUUUCAUCUAGGUCCACUUGGUGGGCAUGAUUACCAACCAGUGAAACAUUCCAUUGCAUCCUACAAACAGGUCAUACAGCAGUGGCCUAGAGACAACCAAAGUAGGCUGAGGUUUGGAAGGCUUGAGUUUGUCGAUGAGGUCUUUGGGCCCGAGUCGAUAGAAUUUGAUCUGGAGGGGCGAGGACCAUACACAGGCUUGGCUGAUGGCCGUGUCGUCCGGUGGAUGGGUGAAAGUAUUGGAUGGCAAACAUUUGCAGUUGUUAAUCCUAACUGGUCUGAGAAAGUUUGUGCUAAUGGUGUGGACUCGACAACUUCUAAGCAGCAUAAGAAUGAGAAAUUUUGUGGCCGGCCUCUAGGUCUAAGAUUCAAUCAGAAGACUAGGGAGCUUUACAUUGCUGAUGCAUAUUUUGGGCUCAUGGUUGUGGGAUCGAAUGGUGGCAUUGCGACACCUCUUGCAACUCAUGCGCAAGGGAGGCCUAUUCUUUUUGCCAAUGACUUGGAUGUGCAUAGCAAUGGAUCUAUUUUCUUCACAGAUACUAGCAUGAGAUACCAUAGAAAAGAUCAUUUCAUCAUAAUGCUAGAAGGAGAAGCCACAGGAAAGCUUCUCAGGUAUGAUCCAGUGUCUAAGACUACUCAUAUUGUACUGCGGGGCUUGGCAUUUCCAAAUGGAGUACAAAUAUCAAAAGAUCAAGAAUUUCUUCUCUUCACUGAAACCACCAACUGCAGGAUAAUGAGGUAUUGGCUACAAGGACAUAAGACUGGGCAGUUGGAGGUCUUCGCAGAUUUGCCAGGGUUUCCAGACAAUAUAAGGAUGAAUGAAAAAGGCCAAUUCUGGGUGGCCAUUGAUUGUUGCCGGACUCCAAUUCAAGAGGUCUUCUCUCGUAAUCCUUGGCUAAGACGCAUAUAUUUUAGAUUGCCUCUAAAGAUGAACUUUCUGGCAAGGUUGGUGGGGAUGGAGAUGUACACUGUUAUCUCGCUCUUCAACAAUGAGGGAAAGAUUGUUGAAGUGCUAGAAGAUAGAGGUGGUGAGGUGGUAAAACUAGUUAGUGAAGUGAGGGAGGUGAAUGGCAAACUUUGGAUUGGAACAGUAGUUCAUAACCAUAUUGCUACUUUUCUUUACUUCUAGGCUUGCAAAGAAUUAAUGUAUUUCGAA